GUCUCACCGAGCGGUGGGUUCACGUUCCAUCGAGAAGGCGGACAAACUCGUAUUCAGCAUGUCCGCAGAUCCGUCCUCGUUCGCUUCCGCCGCCAAGUGCGUGAGCCGCCACCUCAACUUGAGCCUGCACGUCGACUUCGAAAGUCGCGUGAUCCGAGGGAAGGUGGCCAUCACGGUGGAGGUCCUGGAGGAGCGCUUGUCAUCGCUGACUUUGGACACCCGAGACCUGAAGAUCGUCUCCGUGGACGCCAACGGGCAGGCGGCCCGCUUUACGAUGGGCCCUCGGCACAGCUUUAAGGGGACGCCGCUGGAGAUCACGCUGCCCUUUGACCUUUCCAGAGGUCAGCACGUGAUCGUGGAGGUGACUUACCGGACGGGGCCCACCGCGCCGGCGCUGCAGUGGCUGACGCCCCAGCAGACGGCGGGAAAGAAGCGGCCGUACCUCUUCAGUCAGUGCCAGGCUCAUCACUGCAGGAGCAUGCUGCCUUGCCAGGACACGCCAGCCGUCAAACACACGUACUACGCUCAGGUGUCGGUGCCCAAGGACUUGGUGGCGGCCAUGAGCGCCCUGCGCGACGGUCAGGACGCGGACCCGCAGGACGCCAAUCGCGUGAUCUACCGCUUCAGACAGAACGUGGCCAUGCCAUCUUACCUGAUCGCCUUGGUGGUGGGCGCUCUGGAGAGCAGGGAGAUCGGGCCCCGCUCCAGAGUCUGGUCCGAGGCGGAGUACGUGGACCGAGCGGCCUUUGAGUUCUCCGAGACGGAGGCCAUGUUGAAGACGGCAGAGGAGCUGGCCGGACCCUACGUUUGGGGGAGCUACGACAUCUUGGUGCUGCCGCCGUCGUUUCCCUACGGCGGCAUGGAAAAUCCUUGCCUCACCUUUGCCACGCCCACACUGCUGGCUGGAGACAAGUCCCUGUCCAACGUGAUCGCUCACGAGAUCUCGCACAGCUGGACGGGGAACCUGGUGACCAACGCCACCUGGGAACACUUUUGGCUGAACGAGGGCCACACGGUGUACCUGGAGCGGAUGAUCUGCGCUCGCCUGGAGGGGGAGCCCUUCCGGCAGUUCAAGGCCAUGGGCGGCUGGAAGGAUCUGCAGGACUCGGUGAGCACCUUCGGAGCCCAAAACCCUCUGACCAACCUGGUCCCGAGUCUGCGAGAGGUGGACCCGGACGACGCCUUCUCCUCCGUCCCGUACGAGAAGGGCUUUGCUCUUCUCUACCACCUGGAGAGCCUGCUGGGCGGUCCCGAAGUCUUCAUGGGCUUCGUCAAGUCCUACAUCCAGAUGUUUGCCUACAGGAGCGUCACCACGGCGCAGUGGAAGGACUUCCUGUUUGCCUAUUUCAAAGACAAGGUGGACGUCCUGCAGCAGGUGGACUGGGACGCGUGGAUGUUCACGCCCGGGAUGCCGCCCGUCAAACCCGCCUACGACACCGCCCUCGCCGACGCCUGCAUCGCUCUUUGUCGCCGAUGGAUCCAGGCCACGGAGCGAGACCUGAGCGGCUUCGGCGCGUCGGACGUGGCCGAGUUGUCGUCCCACCAGCUGGUCGAGUUCUUGGCCCUUCUUCUUCAGGAGGAGGCGCUCCCUCUGAGCCACGUGAAGAGGAUGCAGGAGGCGUACGAUCUGGACGCCCGCAUGAACUCGGAGGUCCGCUUCAGGUGGCUGCGACUGUGCGUGCGGUCCCGGUGGGAGGAGGCGGUCCCGGCGGCGCUGCGAAUGGCGACGGAGCAGGGCAGGAUGAAGUUCACGCGGCCCCUCUUCAGGGAGGUCUUUGGCUUCGACAAGUACCGAGAGGAAGCCGUGCGAGUGUUCCUGGCUCAUCGCUCCGCCAUGCACCCGGUGACCUCCGGGCUGGUCGCCAAAGACCUGAAGGUGUCGGCCGACCAGUAGGACCAAAAACCAUCACGCCGUGGAAGGGAGAAUUAAAAAAAAGCUUUCUGUGUGAAAUGCGUCGCUUUCUUCA